AUGAGCGGGGAGAGCAUUUUUGGUCUUUAUGUGAAAAGUGCUGUCGAGCAGAAACAGCUCAGCAAAAACAAGUCGCCAUAUACUGGCGUGUAUGAAAAGCAUAUGGCUGAGCCCGAAAAGCCGGCGUACUCCACUUUUUUCGAAAAGGGGAAGCAUUACGACGGAACGAAUGUGCGUUUUUUUAAGCAGCGGGAGGCCAUCAUCGGCAAGAAUGUGGGGGACACAGUUGACCCUCGACAAUACCUGAAGAAGGGCAAUGGCGUCCGCUACAUUGCACCUAUAACACAUGAAGAAAAGAUGUACCGCAAGCCGCCUGUUGACAACAACUCGAUACAGCUCAACCAAGGCGGGCAAAGUGGUGAUGCAGAGAAAAGUUCGACAAGUAUGCAGCACGGUGCCGAUAACAACCCAGUUUCUAGCAAAGAUGGCCGCUUUGAUGCUGGAUGCAGUGGGGAGAACGGCAACGGCGCACACGGAAGCGCAAGUGACGGCGCAUUGUACAGCUAUGGCAGUGGAGACUACGGAGCCGAUUACCGAGGUGGCGACGCUUUUUCGCGAGAUGCGACAAAGGAUUUUGUCGCGUCGAACAUUGUGGAGGUUAGCAACAUGGUCCCGAAGCGACAAAAAAUGCAAGCACCACUUCCCACCAGCCGCAAGAGUUUUGGUGAGGCCCCAGCGUACCUGUCUCGCGUUAAAAGUGAAAUCGCUCAGGAAAAGGCUUUUGUGCAGUCACUGGAAGAGGCGAAGGCUCAGCGUAAGCAGCAACUGCAUGCCAAGUAUAUCUAUCUUCUUCCGCGGGAAGAGCAUGAGAAGCUGGUGCAACAGAUGCGAAGGCGGAACGAUGAGUGUAUCUCUGAACUGCAGAAGAUACCGUUCUCAAAGGAUACGCCCGGGACGCGAAAGCGCAAGAUGGAGCUGGAGAAGACGAUUGCAGAUAUCGAGGCAGCGCUGAAGAAGCUCGAUAAGGAUGCCCUGUUCAUCUACAAAGAUGAUCCUGUAAACGGACAGUGGUCGAAGGAGAUUGCCCUGAAAGAGGCACAAAGGUAUGCAGCGCAUUCACACUGA